AUGGCGGAGCCGGCCGCAGACGACGGGAAGUAUCUUUUCCUGGAGAACGACUUCCGGAACAGCGGGCUGGCUCAGGCCGACUGGGCCGCCAAGAAGAUGGUGUGGAUCCCGUCAGAGCGGGAGGGCUUCGAACAGGCCAGCAUCAAGGAGGAGAAGGGCGAGCAGGUGCUGGUGGAGCUCUCCAACGGUCAGAAGACCACGGUGAACAAAGACGACAUCCAGAAGAUGAACCCGCCGAAGUUCAGCAAGGUGGAGGACAUGGCGGCGCUCACCUUCCUGAACGAAGCCUCCGUCCUGCACAACCUGCGAGAGAGAUACUUCUCCAGCCUGAUCUACACGUACUCGGGGCUGUUCUGCGUGGUGGUGAACCCCUACAAGAUGUUACCCAUCUACUCAGAGAAGAUCAUCGAGAUGUACAAGGGCAAGAAGCGCCACGAAGUUCCCCCACACAUCUACUCCAUCACGGACAACGCCUACAGGAACAUGAUGCAGGACCGGGAGGAUCAGUCUAUUCUCUGCACAGGUGAAUCUGGAGCUGGGAAGACGGAGAACACCAAGAAAGUCAUUCAGUAUUUGGCUGUGGUCGCCUCUUCGCACAAAGGAAAGAAGGAGGCCACCCCGCCUCAACAGCCUCAGCAGCCUCCGCAGCAGCAGGGGGAGCUGGAGAAGCAGCUGCUGCAGGCAAAUCCCAUCCUGGAGGCCUUCGGCAACGCCAAGACCAUCAAGAACGACAACUCGUCUCGAUUCGGAAAGUUCAUCAAACUAAACUUCGACGUCACCGGGUACAUCGUGGGAGCAAACAUCGACACCUACCUGCUGGAAAAGUCUCGCUGCAUUCGCCAGGCCAACACUGAGAGAGCGUUCCACAUCUUCUACUACAUGGUGGCUGGAGCCAAAGACAAGAUGAGAGAGGAGCUGCUGCUGGAGGACUUCAGCAACUACCGCUUCCUGGUGGCGGGUCACGUGGAGCUUCCCGGUCAGCAGGACGACGAGCUGUUCGACGAGACCCUGGAGGCCAUGGAGAUCAUGGGCUUCACCGAGGAAGAGAGAUUAGGGAUGCUGAAGGUGGUCUCCACUGUGCUGCAGCUGGGAAACAUCAAGUUCGAGAAGGAGCGCAACAGCGAGCAGGCGACCAUGCCGGACAACACCGCGGCCCAGAAGGUGUGCCACCUGCAGGGCAUCAACGUGACCGACUUCACCCGCGCCAUCCUCACGCCACGCAUCAAAGUGGGUCGGGAGGUGGUGCAGAAGGCUCAGACCAAGCAGCAGGCGGACUUUGCGGUGGAGGCUCUGGCGAAGGCCAUGUACGAGCGUCUGUUCCGAUGGAUCCUGGCCAGAGUCAACAAGACGCUGGACAAGAGUAAGAGACAGUCGGCCUCCUUCCUCGGGAUCCUCGACAUCGCCGGGUUUGAGAUUUUUGAGGACAACUCCUUCGAGCAGCUCUGCAUCAACUACACCAACGAGCGCCUGCAGCAGCUCUUCAACCACACCAUGUUCAUCCUGGAGCAGGAGGAGUACAAGAGGGAGGGCAUCGAGUGGAACUUCAUCGACUUCGGCCUGGACCUGCAGCCCUGCAUCGAGCUCAUCGAGAGGCCGAACAACCCUCCGGGCAUCCUGGCCCUGCUGGACGAGGAGUGCUGGUUCCCCAAAGCCACCGACAUCUCCUUCGUGGACAAGCUGCUCAACACUCACACCGGCCAUGUCAAGUUCUCCAAACCCAAACAGCACAAAGACAAACUCAUGUUCACCGUGCUGCACUACGCCGGAAAGGUCGACUACAACGCAGCUAACUGGCUGACAAAGAACAUGGACCCUCUGAACGACAACGUGACGGCUCUGCUCAACAACUCGUCCAGCAGCUUCAUCCAGGACCUGUGGAAAGACGUGGACCGGGUCGUGGGUCUGGAGACCAUCACCAAGAUGUCGGAGAGCUCGGCGCCCGGAUCCACCAAGUCCAAGAAGGGCAUGUUCCGCACGGUGGGGCAGCUGUAUAAGGAGUCUCUGGGAAAGCUGAUGACCACGCUGCACAACACGCAACCCAACUUCGUCCGCUGCAUCAUUCCCAACCACGAGAAGAGGGCUGGAAAGAUGGACUCCCACCUGGUGCUGGAGCAGCUGAGGUGCAACGGCGUGUUGGAGGGCAUCCGGAUCUGCAGGCAGGGAUUUCCUAACCGCAUCGUGUUCCAGGAGUUCAGGCAGAGGUACGAGAUCCUGGCCGCCAACGCCAUCCCCAAAGGCUUCAUGGACGGGAAGCAGGCCUGCUGCCUGAUGGUCAAACAUCUGGACCUGGACCCCAACCUGUACCGGAUCGGUCAGAGUAAGAUGUUCUUCAGGACCGGAGUGUUGGCCCAGCUGGAGGAGGAGCGGGACAUCAAGCUGACCGUGGUCAUCAUCGCCUUCCAGGCUCAAGCUCGAGGCUUCCUGAGCCGCAAGGCCUUCAGUAAACGUCAGCAGCAGCUCACGGCCAUGAAGGUGAUCCAGAGGAACUGCGCCUGCUACCUGAAGCUGAAGAACUGGCAGUGGUGGCGACUCUUCACCAAGGUGAAGCCGCUGCUGCAGGUGACCCGCCAGGAGGAGGAGAUGAGCCAGAAGGAUGAGGAGCUGAAGGCCGCCAAGGAGGUGGCCGCCAAGACGGAGUCGGAGCUGAAGGACAUCACGCAGAAACACACGCAGCUGAUGGAGGAGCGAGCUCAGCUGGAGUCCAAGCUGCAGGCGGAGACGGAGAUGUUCGCCGAGGCGGAGGAGAUGAGGGUGCGUCUGGAGGCCAAGAAGCAGGAGCUGGAGGAGGUGCUGCACGAGAUGGAGGCUCGGCUGGAGGAGGAGGAGGAGCGCAGCCACACUCUGCAGCACGAGAGGAAGGAGAUGGAGCAGCAGCUGCAGAUGAUGGAGGCGCACAUCGCCGAGGAGGAGGACGCCCGGCAGAAGCUGCAGCUGGAGAAGGUGGCCGUGGAGGGAAAAGUAAAGAAGCUGGAGGAGGACGUCCUGCUGAUGGAGGACCAGAACAACAAGCUGCACAAGGAGCGGAAGCUUCUGGAGGAGCGCAUGGCCGACUUGAGUUCCAAUCUGGCUGAGGAAGAGGAGAAGUCGAAGAAUCUGACCAAGCUGAAGGCCAAACAUGAGUCCAUGAUCUCUGACCUGGAGGUGCGCAUGAAGAAGGAGGAGAAGGGCCGUCAGGACAUGGAGAAGGCGAAGAGGAAGGUGGAGGCGGAGCUCAGCGACCUGCAGGAGCAGCACGCCGAGCUGCAGGCGCAGGCGUCCGAGCUGCGAACUCAGCUGGCCACCAAGGAGGACGAGCUGCAGGCCACGCAGGCCCGCCUGGAGGAGGAGAGCGCUCAGCGGGGGUCGGCGGUGAAGCGCGUGCGGGAGCUGGAGACGCUGCUGUCCGAGCUGCAGGAGGACCUGGAGGCGGAGCGUGGGGCGAGGGCGAAGGCGGAGGCCGCCAGGCGCGACCUGGGCGAGGAGCUCAACGCCCUGCGCACCGAGCUGGAGGACAGCCUGGACACCACGGCCGCUCAGCAGGAGCUCCGGGCGAAGCGUGAGCAGGAGGUGGCCAUGCUGAAGAAAGCCAUGGAGGAGGAGGGGCGGAGCCACGAGGCCCAAAUCCAGGAACUGAGGCAGAAGCACAGCCAGGCGGUGGAGGAGCUGUCGGAGCAGCUGGAGCAGGCCAAACGGGUGAGGGCGGGUCUGGAGAAAGCCAAGCAGGCUCUAGAGAAGGAGUCGGCCGACAUGAGCGCAGACCUGCGCUCGCUGGCCAGCGCCAAGCAGGACGUGGAGCACAAGAAGAAGAAGGUGGAGGGUCAGCUGAACGAGCUGCACUCGCGCUUCAACGAGAGCGAGCGGCAGAAGAACGAGCUGAGCGAGCGAGUCACCAAGAUGAACGUGGAGCUGGACAGCGUGACGGCGCUGCUGAACGACGCCGAGAGCAAAAACAUCAAGCUGAGCAAAGACGUGUCGGGCCUGUCGUCUCAGCUGCGGGACGUCCAGGAGCUGCUGUCGGAGGAGACGCGCCAGAAGCUGAACGUGGCGGGACGCUUGCGCCAGGUGGAGGAGGACAGGAACAGCCUGAUGGAGCAGCUGGAGGAGGAGACGGAGAGCAAGCGGGUGGUGGAGAGGCAGCUGUCCGGCCUCAACAUGCAGCUGUCGGAUUACAAGAAGAAGCUGGACGAGGCGUCGGGCUCGGUGGAGCUGCUGGAGGAGGCCAAGAAGCGUCUGCAGCGCGACCUGGAGGCGGCCAACGGCGAGUACGAGGAGAAGGCGUCGGCCUACGACAAGCUGGAGAAGAGCCGCGGGCGGCUGCAGCAGGAGCUGGAGGACGUCCUGAUGGACCUGGACGGCCAGAGACAGCUGGUGUCCAACCUGGAGAAGAAGCAGAAGAAGUUCGACCAGAUGCUGGCGGAGGAGCGAGCCGUCUCCUGUAAGUUCGCCGAGGAGCGGGACCGGGCGGAGGCGGAGGCCCGGGAGAAGGAGACCCGGGUCCUGGCCCUGGCUCGAGCUCUGGAGGAGAACCAGGACGCCCUGGAGGAGGCGGAGAAGAUGGUGAAGGCGCUCCGGGUGGAGAUGGAGGACCUGAUCAGCUCCAAGGACGACGUGGGGAAGAGCGUUCACGACCUGGAGAAGGCGAAGCGCGGCCUGGAGGCCAUGGUGGAGGAGAUGAGGGCGCAGAUGGAGGAGCUGGAGGACGAGCUGCAGAUCGCCGAGGACGCCAAGCUGCGCCUGGAGGUCAACGGUCAGGCGCUGAAGGCUCAGCACGAGAGGGAGCUGCAGGCCCGCGACGAGAUGGGCGAGGAGAAGAGGAAGCAGCUGCUCAAGCAGGUGCGAGAGCUGGAGUCGGAGCUGGAGGAGGAGAGGAAGCAGCGAGGUCAGUCGUCAGCCGGGAAGAAGAAGCUGGAGGGGGAGCUGAAGGACCUGGAGGAUCAGCUGGAGUCCACCAGCAGGGGGCGUGACGAGGCCGUCAAGCAGCUCCGCAAAUUCCAGGGUCAGGUGAAGGACCUCCAGAGGGAGCUGGAGGACUCCCGCGCAGCUCAGAAGGAGGUUGUCGCCUCGGCCAGAGAGUCCGAGCGCAGGUCAAAAGUCAUGGAGGCCGACAUCAUGCAGCUGCACGAGAUGUUGGCAGCUGCAGAGAGAGCUCGGAAGCAGGCGGAGACGGAGAGAGACGAGCUGGCUGAGGAGCUGGCCAGUAACUCCUCUGGGAAGUCUCUGCUGUCUGACGAGAAACGCCGUCUGGACGCCAAGAUCAGUCAGCUGGAGGAGGAGCUGGAGGAGGAGCAGGCCAGCGUGGAGAGCCUGAACGAGCGGCUGAGGAAGAGCCAGCAGCUGGUGGAGCAGCUGGGGGCCGAGCUGGCGGCAGAGCGCUCCUCCUCCCAGAGCAGGGAGGCGUCCCGCCAGCAGCUGGAGCGGCAGAACCGCGAGCUGAAGGCCAAGCUGCAGGAGCUGGAGGGCCAGGGGCGCUCCAAGCUCAAGGCCAGCAUCGCCGCCCUGGAGGCCAAGCUGAGGGAGGCGGAGGAGCAGCUGGAGAUGGAGAGCAGGGAGCGACAGGCCGCCGCCAAGAACCUGCGGCAGAAAGAGAAGAAGCUGAAGGACCUGAGCAUGCAGAUGGAGGACGAGAGGAAGCAGGCGCAGCAGUACAAGGACCAGGCGGAGAAGAGCAGCGUGCGGCUGAAGCAGCUGAAGCAUCAGCUGGAGGAGGCGGAGGAGGAGGCGCAGCGCGUGGCGGCCGCCCGCAGGAAGCUGCAGCGGGAGCUGGAGGAGGCCGGCGAGGCCAACGACGGCCUGAGCAGGGAGGUGUCAUCUCUGAGGAGCAAGCUCAGGUGA